AUGCAGAUUGAAUUGGUUUACAGAAAGGGCGAGAACCCGAUUAUGAUAGAGCUGCACGGCUCGCUGGAUUCGGCUGUACAAUUCGAUGGUCAACUUCUAGGCUGUUUACAAUGGUUGACCGAAAAGGAGGCCAUGCUCGCAGUGGGUACCCAAAUUAUUCGCGGAAAGCUCGUCGAGCUCGACCAACCGCUACUCCUCGUCAAGCCACACAACGUCGACGAGCUUGAAGAGACGGACGGAGGUGAGGUCGAAGUCUCACAUAUCGUCACGCGAAAACUGGUGUUCAACUCCAAGCCCGUCGACAUCAUCGACACGUUGAUGCCAAAAUUGGAAAGCAAGGAGGACGGGACGCUCUCGCAAAUGUCGCAG